AUGAAGUCUCUGGUGAGUUGCUUCUUCUUGAACAAGGAAUCGAAAUGGUCCUAUCAUCAUCGGAUUGAAGUCAACGCCAAUGUCAUUAUUAUUACCAUUGAAUAAUGGAUGGUAGCUGGAUAACGUUGAAGUUUUUCAAAUUUCUUGUGGCGAUGGACGCUGUAGCUGGGCGGGAAGGGGGCGAACCUGGCGGAGAUGGCAAGCAUCGGAUUGUCGGUGCCACCGGGGCUCACCAUAUCGACGGAGGCCUGCGAAGAGUAUCGUGAAAAUGGCAAUCAGCUGCCAUCGGGCCUUUGGGAUGAAGUUCUCGACGGCCUCGGCGCCGUGGAGCAGGAUAUGGGAGCGGCACUUGGGGACCCCUCCCGCCCCCUCCUCCUCUCUGUCCGGUCUGGCGCCGCGGUACGAUGCUCACCACGAUCAGGCUACUCCCCAAAUGCGCCGGUGCAACCGUCCUUGCGCUGCAAAACGUAGUUUGAUUGACGGUCAAAAUGCCUGAUUAAACCACCUGCUGAUCGUCGUUGCAGAUUUCUAUGCCGGGGAUGAUGGACACUGUUCUCAACCUGGGCCUGAACGACGAGGUGGUGGCUGGAUUAGCCGCCCGGAGCGGGGAGCGCUUCGCCUACGAUUCCUACCGUCGUUUCUUAGACAUGUUCGGUAACGUGGUAUGCGAUGAGCGAAUCACUCCCUUUCCUCGUCUUCGUUCCUCUUGCAGAGAUUUCUGGUAUUCUCACUCAUCGAUGCUAUCAAAGGAAUCAUUCACGACGCUUAAUGUUAAAAUAGGACCAAGUUACGGCAGUUUCGAGGCAGGAUGAGUCCAUUCUUCAUGCUUACUUCCCAUCUCCAUAAUCUCCAUCAAUGGCUUCUUUCUCUUCGUGGAAUCGCUGACACAAAAAUUAAAGUUUGUCGUUCUAUGAAAUUAUAAGAGAAAUUUUUGGUUCGCAAUAAUUUUUUUUUGAUUCACUGGGAUUUUUUCCACAUAAGCAUUGAAGACAUUUGUACUUUUAUUUUAUCAUACUUUUGCUUUUUACCAGUCUCUAAUUAAUGUACAUUCUUUGGAAUCUCAUUUUUGGACUUCUCAACAGGCUCCUCCUGUUCCUGUCUCUUCCUAGCCAAUCCCUCCAUCUUCUCCACCUCAGCCUACUCCUUCGUUCCCAUGGUUCGAUCCUUCCCAGUAAAACGCGGCGGAUGCUUGUUGGUUCUACGGUUGCCCGUGAAUUUCCCUUUCGGGUAGCGCGAGUGAAAAUGCCAGCUCCAGAACAAGGGACAGAGAAGGCACAUGUUAAAGUGCCAGUUGAGUUAAAGUUUUUCGUAUCGGGAACAACUAGUGUGAAACUUUUUGAUUUUAUCGCUUCGGAACGUACAUGCCGCUCAUGUCGUUUGACAUGGUAUCUUCGGUACUGGUCUUACGAUAUAAUAUCCAGCCAUUGUGCUUGACAUUCACAGUGGAUCUAAGGGUCAUGCAAUAACUGCACGAGCCAUUUGUUGUUACUGAGAUACGCUUGUCUUCAUGUGUAUUUUACGUUGGUAUAGGUAA